AGAAAUAGGCCACACACACGCACACACAUGCACAGAUCAGGAAGUGCCGUCUUGCUAGUUGGCGGAAUUGGUUGCUUGAUGUGAGGAUGUGUGUGUUGGUGUGUGUUAUUUAAAGAUCUGAUGACUCUGGUCAGCUGAAACUCUGAACAUCACGGAUGGACCUCGCCACACAAGUGCAACAUGGGAUCCAGGAUAAAAGAUAACCCUGACAAAACCUUCUACUGGUUCUUUCAAGCCUCAUCUCCAGUUGCACGAGAUCAAGACCCUGAUGUGUUGUUCCAGUUCCCAGAGGACUUCAGUGAUGAGGAAUCUCUGCGGUCCUUACCACGCUUCUGCUUUCCAUAUGACAUUGAAAGGGUGAAGGACACCAUUGCUGUGCAGCACUUUACAUUUGUCUUGACUGAUCUGGAGGGAUGUCAGCGUUUUGGAUUCUGCAGACUCACGUCCAGCUCCCAGACGUGCUUGUGUAUACUCAGUUAUUUGCCUUGGUUUGAAGUCUUUUACAAACUUCUGAAUAAUCUAGCAGACUACAUGACUAAAGGGCAGACCAAUGAGAUGAAAGAACUUCUGACUCUACUCCACAAGCACCCUGUACCGCCCGCUAAUGGAUCUAUCACUUUGCAGAUGAUCCCAUACUUCAUUGCUCCAGAUCCCAAAGCCCUGCCCUCUAUUCCAGAGAGUAGGAACCUGACGGAGCUGGUGGUUGCAGUAGACGUAGGAAAUCUGCUGCAGCUCUACGCCAGCAUGCUGUUUGAGAGACGCAUCCUCAUCUACUGCAGCAAACUCAGCACUCUGACGGCCUGUGUACACGCGUGUAAUGGGAUGCUCUUCCCUAUGUACUGGCAACACAUCUUCAUUCCUGUUCUUCCACCCCAUCUGCUGGAUUACUGCUGCGCUCCGAUGCCGUACCUCAUUGGAGUUCAUUCCAGCCUGGCCGAGAGAGUAAAGAGUCGAGCUUUGGAGGAUGUAGUCAUUCUAAAUGUGGACACAAACACUUUAGAGUCGCCCUAUCAGGACCUUAAAAAGAUCCCUGCUGACGUGGUGGCAGGACUGAAGGUCAGGUUAAAGAAACAAGCUGCGUUGGUGGGCUCAGGGGUCUCUCGUUCUUUUCUCAGAUCUCAAGCUCUGCUGUUCGGAGGCUACAGAGAUGCUUUACAAUAUCCAGAUGAAGGGCCGGUGAUGUUCUGUAAGGAGAUAUUUCUCAAUCACAAGUCUCAAAGUAUGAAGGAGUUUUUGGAAAGCGCUGUACACCUGCAGUGUUUUAAAGAGUUUAUUGAUGGGCGGCUGGAAAUGCUGAACCAGGGAAAAGAGCCCGAUGAUGUAUUCGAAGAAGAGAUUCUUCAUUGUGGAGCCUCGCAAGGUGGAUCUAAAUUAUAUCGCCAAUGGGUUGGAAAUUUGAAGAAAGGGGGUGGAGCCUUGAUUGUGACAUGCAAGUCUACAGCUAAUAAAGCAACCAAAUAUCACAGCAAAUUUGGACUGAGAAACCUUUUGUCGUCAAAGGAGCAAACUGAAAAUCACAUGCUGCAGAGGGGAGGGUCUGUUUGUGGACCGCAUACGUAUCGCCGCUUCCAAUCAGAUUGCCUUCAGAACCGUCUACCAAUCACACAGCACUUUGGAAGGUCUCGGCCACGCCGACCCGCGCGCAAGCAUACCAGCAAUCAAAAUGAGCGACAGAUGCAGAACAUCUACAGCCCCUGUGACGACAAUACAACAGAGGAGCCCGAGCAGUGUUCUGGAUCUAGCGAGUUACAAGAUGAUGAUGAUGAUGAUCUUUCGCUCAUGGCUGACCCAGAAGAGAUGGAUCUGCUCGGAGAGAUCUUUGACACUUUGAGCGCACAGAGCUCCAGAGAACCGGGCUUACUGUACAGCACUCGCAGUCUGGACCUCUUCAGCUCUGAUAGCACUGACUUCAUCUCACGUAGGAGUCUGACCACACCCAGUCAGGAGAGUCUAAGUCCUUCUGUUGGAAACAGUGGAAGUCUCAUGAGCUGGGAGGAGGAGCUAGACGAGGGUCCACACUAUCAGAGGGAGGAGCAUGUUGUCCUGAUUGACAGAGAGAAUGAUCUUAAUAAAUCAGAGAUGAGCUUCAAGGAAUUGGGGGAAAGCCUGUGUUCAGAUGUACAAAGUUUAAGAGAUGCUGAACUGGAUUGUAAAGAGGUGCUAGAUGAUCACUGCUUGCCACAAGUAAAUGGAACGACAGAUGAAUUUGAGGAAAGUUUAGAUACUGGGACAAAGACUGGAGAGAGGCCGGAAACAGAGACACAAGUAGACAAUGAAGAACAAACGACAAAAGAUGUUGAAGAAAAUCAAAAUGAGGGUACACCGAUAAAAGACUUGAGGUCUUCAGAGCACACAGAGGAGCCCUUGUGCGAAGCACAACACACAACUCAAGAACCUACAGAUGGAGAAAUCAUCUCCCCUGUGUCCGUCAACAUAGACGAGAUCUCAGAUAAAGCAGAAGAUGAAGUAAAGGUUGACUCUUCAUCUCAUAGGGUGUUGCCUACCGUAGCUCUGCCCUCACAGGCGAAGUCCUUUAACGUUCCCAGUAAUAGUUUCCGAGGUCAGGAAAAAUCAUGGAGGACUCCUCUCAGAAGUCACAACAUCUACGCAGCAUCCAGCAAGCCAGCAAUGGGCAUCCAGACAGAUGAACAAAGUUCAAAAUGCACUCCAAAGCAGUCGCUAGUUGAAGAGGAAGACAAGGUACCCAUUAAAGUCUCAGAGCUGAAGAAGAGAUUUGAACAUAUCAAGCCAUCAUAAACCAAGUGUAUUGGUUAAAUGUUGCUAUAAAGAACUAAAGAUGACUUUUAUUGCGUUGCAUGAAACCAAAUGAAUCCCAAGCUCCCCCCAAAUUCCGUUUUUACUUUCAUAAUGUCAAACAAAUGGCAUUGGAUAUGACUCCAUCCUUCAGAUAUGAUAAUGCAAUAGCAAAGUUUGCAAUGGUAUGUAGAGGGCUCCGCCCUUCUUUAGUCACCAUCAGCCCCGAUUGGCUGAUACUUCAGCGCAAUUGAUGACAUCAGCCAAAAUGUAAGGUGGAGCAAAUGAUGAUACAUUACAGACAUUAUUUCUUAAGCACAAUAUGAACUGAUGAAUUGUGUACAGUAAUGGCAGGGCAAUUAAUUUAGAUUAUAUGUUUACAAGUAAAUGCUACUGAACUCAAACAAAUAAAAUGCUUCCAACCCAA